UUGAGCCACCCAGUCCCGGACCCCGACCGAGCAACACGUAUCACCACCACACUCCGUCGUGGCUGCGGUGAGCAGAGUUCUCGCUCUUACUGUGCGCUGAAACAUCUCACUAAUUCUCCCUGACAGGUAUCAAAAAGUUACCGACAGUACACAAGACGUGAUAACUAAGAGAAAAUACGAAGAAUAUUUAAAAGAAUCCAUCAGGGACUCUCGUACUUUCCUGCUCAGAUAAAGGAAACUACAACAAUGAGUUGGUUACUGACGCUGGGAGUCAUAGCUGUGCUCAUCUGGUUACUUAAGACUUUCUGGCCAAACAUUCGACAAAGGUACUUCGCAGCCUUCAUGAACUACUACACCACCCAGCCGAACCCCGACAUGGACAAGCUGAAGAAGGAUUUGUUCUCCCCGUUGGGAUCACUGGUAUCGCAUGACCCAGAACUCCGCAAGAACAAUGCUAUCAAGAUCCUUGAAAUUGGCGUUGGUACAGGGGUGAACUUUGCUUACUAUCCUGAGAAAUCACGGCUGGUGGUGGUGGACCCCAACCCACACUUCGCAAGUUAUUACAAUGAAAACAGAGCAAAAUUCCCCAAUAUACAAUCAGAGGAAAUCAUCGUCUCGACAGCGGAGGAGAUGGACAUGGUGCCAGAUAACAGCGUUGAUGUGGUGGUGAGCACACUCGUCUUUUGCUCUGUCGGCAACACUGAAAAGAUCCUUCAGCAAAUACUUCGUGUACUGACGCCGGGAGGAAAAUUCAUCUUCUUCGAGCACAUCCGAGAGUUUGACACAGAACGUCACGGUAUGAGGAGGAAGAUACAAGGAUUUCUUACAGCAACAGGCAUCUGGCCUUUCUUGUUUGAUGGCUGCUAUCUGACACGAGACAUGCUGGAGACCAUCCAGAAAGCAGGUUUCUCUAAGGUGCAGGCCCAACGUUUCUACAACCCCAUCGACCAUAUCGUCUUUCAGCUGGUCACCCCAAGCCUCAAGGGUGUGGCUGAGAAGUAACACAGAAAAGCCUUUCUCUUUAUACAGAUUUCUUGGAGAUAAAGUGUGACAUAAAACUAAGUACAGUACUGUAGUUACUUAAAGAUAACAGAUGAAGGGAGAGAGAAGAAAAUUAGAGAGUGACAGAUAGAAAUGAGUAUAUAGAGAGAGAGAGAGACGAGACCAAAUAAAAUGAGACAAAAAAAGUUACAGAUAUGCAGCAAGUCUUAAAGCGAGACAAAAUAUUCCAUUAUAAGAUUCCAUAACUUAAGCCAUAGUUUCAUAUCCGGCAAUACUUGAUUUGUAUCUCGUUCAAGUAUUGUAGGAACAGAUCGAUGGCUAACCCAAGCAAGCGUGGGAGAUGACCAUAAAACGUUAAGUGUUGAUAAUGUAAGCUCUGGAAUGCAUCCUGCUAAUUUGUUUUAACAUGAGAGUAAAUAUAUUACUCCAUUCAUACCAUUAACUAUGGGUAACAAUUUCUCUACAUUAUUGUGGUUGGCUAAUAUUUGUUGUUAUAACUAUCACAGUACAAUAAAUAAAUGUAACUGAACUAA